AUAUUAUUCUACCUAUAUCACUGUUAUAUAACCGACGUGAUUGUGACUAAAAUACAGCUUGGUGGCAAAUCAUUUCUGACCCCCGAGUCGUACAACCAAGUGCCAAUAGUGGAUCAAAUGACUGGUUUAUUAUACAACGCGCGCAUUCAGACCAAUAAAAUCACGUACUUUAAUGAACCCGUUUUGCACCUGUUUUGGAUUGGGUUCGGAGACUACUGUUCCGUCACCGAUGCCAUCGUCGAAGACGUGCUCAACACUAUAGACAACGUGAAACCCCCGGUGCCGGCGGCCAUACAGCGAAUGCCCCGCGAUAUUCAACGCACGUAUUAUCCGAAGUUUUAUUCGGGAAACUAUUCGAUGUUUGACUACUAUAUGCCAGAUGUGGGCGACUGUAACGCCGAGUGCCGACCAAUGCCUGUCUUUCAGGGCUAUGCGGACACUGAGAAUGGGUUGAGACAAAUGCGGCGAUACUAUUACGACGAGAACUUUGUCGUAUCACCUGUGCUUUAUCUGAGUCAAGCGCAAUUAACACGGAAUUUUCAAUACUGGACUAAACGUGGUAUAAAAGGGCCCAAACCGUACCCAUGGGUUGGCACCGAUUUGUAUCAAUUUUUCAAACCAACGCAUAUAUUGGACACUCAAUGGCUUAAGACAUACGGAAACAUUUACGGCACGUUCAACAUGGAUGAGCCGGUCAUCACAAUUGCCAAACCAGAGCUCAUACAACAAGUACUGGUGAAAGACUUUCACGUAUUCGCCGACCGUAAGGGUCGGUCCUAUAAACACCCGGUGCUCCACAAAAACGUGUUUUACUCGACGGGCGACGACUGGAAACGGUUGCGAAGUAUUAUAAGUCCCACAUUUACGUCGGGAAAGAUGCGCAAAAUGUAUCAUUUGGUCGGUGAGUGUCUUCAGGAGUACAUCGAGAUAUUGGAUGAGAUGGCUGUCGAGGGACGC